AAUACCGGUAAGCAGGUUACCCACUGCCAUGUACUUAUGAAGGUGAUUAAUAAUCAUCCUUCUUCUCAAUGAUUUACCAGCCUAAAAAGGGAAGCCUUAAUUCACAGAAUAGCCCCAUUUCCACAGCUGAGAAACAUCUUCGCCGAACUUAAAUUCCAGGAGAUGUCAACUGGUUAUUUGGAAAGCAUGACCUACCCCAUCCCUGCAAGGCAUAGAUUAGCAGAAUUUAUUGUUGUAACCCUCAGGUCAUAAUAAGAUCUACAGUGCACACAAAAUACAACAAAGCCAUAAAUACUGAAUACCUAAAACCAUUAUACCCCUGAUAAGUAAGCAAAGCGCAGACUCAAAUGAGAUUUGGGCAAAGCUGUGCACUAGUCAAUAAAAUGUGCUUUCUAAUUUUCAAAGAUGACAUGGUAAAAAUGGCCACGUGAUGACUGACAUCUGCCAGCAGAUGCAUUCCACUCCUGGACCAAAAAGCUCUCCAUAAUCAGCCCAACCUCCUCCCUAAUUGGAUCAUCAAAAAAGCCAGAAAGGGUGUCAUCUUCUAGGCCCUUCACGUGUCACUGGCCUCAAGGACACAAGUGCCGUUCAGCAGGAACUUUGGGAACUUCCCCCUCAAGAGAAACGGAUGGCAUGGUUUAAGCAUCUUGAGUUGUCAGUGCCUUCCUCGCUGGUGUGCUGGUGAGGACUUCUGAGCUCUCGUGGAACAACAGAACAAUGGACUGGAGUGUCCUUUUUGAGUUGCAUUCACAUUAUGUUUAAUUUAGCAAAAACUGACAAUGUGGGUGUACUGGAUGCCACAAAGCCCUUUCUGUGUGGAAAAGAGAACAGUGGGAUAACACAGCAAGCCGCUGAUGGCCUUCCUUUGUGCUUCCAUCCUAGGGACCUUCACAACAAUGCCCUGCGAGGCAUGCCUAAUGAGCCCGUUUGCACGGAGAUGCCACAACUGAACUGGCUGGAUCUAGAAGCAAACCAGUUCCAAACUCUGCGGCGUUCGGACUUCCAGGGAUGCAACCGCAUCACAGUUCUUGUUCUGAACAAGAAUAAGAUUGAAUGGAUCCAGGAAGGGACUUUCUCCAACCUGAACAGGCUGGUGGAACUUGACCUGUCCUCCAACAGACUAAAGGAGCUCCCGCCAUCGUGCUUCAGUGGCCUGCAUGAACUCCAGCAGCUAAUUAUUUCAAAUAACCCUCUGCGCCAGGUCUAUCCAGAUGAAUUCGACAAUGUACCCCAUCUGCGUUCUCUGAGCUUGGAAGGUCUGGAGAUACCAAACAUCCACAACCGCAUGUUUGAGAGACUGACUAAUCUGUCACACAUUUACUUCAAGAAGUUCCAGUACUGCAGCUUCGCACCUCACGUCCGCAGCUGCAAGCCCAACACGGAUGGGAUUUCCUCCUUCGAGAACCUCCUGGCCAGCGUCAUCCUGCGGGUCUUUGUGUGGGUCGUGGCCUUCGUCACUUGCUUCGGGAAUCUCUUUGUCAUCUUCACAAGGUCCUUUGUUGUCCCUGAGAGCAGCACGCACACGAUGGCCAUCAAGUCCCUCUGCUGUGCGGACUGCCUGAUGGGCGUCUAUCUUUUCUGCCUUGGCGCGUUUGACCUCCAGUUCGCGGGAGAAUACAACAAGCACGCCCAAGCCUGGAAGGCUAGCAUGGCCUGCCAGAUGGUGGGCAGCCUGGCCAUGCUCUCUUCCGAGGUCUCUGUCCUCCUGCUGACCUACAUGACCCUGGAGAAGUGCCUGUGCAUCGUCUUCCCGUUCAGCCACUUUGGGGCGAGCAAGCGGCAGACGCUGCUGGCGCUGACUUUCAUCUGGCUCCUGGGCUUCUCGCUGACGAUGGUGCCUUUCUCGUGCGAGGGAUCCUUCGGGAAGUAUUACGGCAGGAACGGAGUGUGCUUCCCGCUCCAGUCUGAUGAGACCGAGAGUCAGAGUGCCCAGGGCUACUCCACAGGGAUAUUCUUGGGCCUGAACCUCCUUGCCUUCAUUGCCAUAGUGUUUGCCUACGCUAGUAUGCUCCACUCCAUCCACACCACGGCGGCCCGGACAGCCGAGUGCAGCGUGCUCUCCAUGGAGGUGGCCGUUGCCAAAAGAUUCUUCUUCAUUGUCUUCACCAAUGCCCUCUGUUGGGUCCCCCUCUUCCUCCUGAAGCUCCUCUCGUUGCUCAAGGUGGACAUUCCGGGCCACGUGACGUCCUGGGUGGUGAUCUUCAUCCUGCCCAUCAACAGCACGCUGAACCCCAUCCUCUACACCAUCACCACGACCUCCUUCCAGCAGAAGCUCAGGCAGUGCCUUCAGGGCAGGGCAGCUCUUCCAGGGACACCCGGGAAAGGCGUCGUCUUGCUCUCGGUGCAGAGCAGCAGCGUCUGACAUGCAGUGGCAGGGCACUCAGGGUCCGUGCAUGUGCCCAGCCAAGGGGCAGCCGCCCCUUUCUCCACUUCCAUGGUGACUAUAAGCACUGGCUAUAAGCGAAGGGGUAAUGUCCCUGCUCUCGCACACCCCUCUUUGCAUUCCAGGAUUCCAGGAGGCUUCCUUGAUUUCAGCAAAAAAACCGAGACUUGAGUACAGUCAGAUCAGAAUUUAAGACUGGAUUCUAGUAGGCAGUGCAAAGAAGAUGAACGUUUUAGUUUUCAAGUUGUUGAUGAAGGUAUUCACAUCUUCUAAGCAAAAA